AUGGGGCAUUCUGAAUGGGAUCACAAACGAGGACCCAGAGGCUCACAGUCUUCUGGUACCAGUAUCACAGUGGAUAUUGCUGUCAUGGGAGAAGCACAUGGGCUCAUUACAGACCUGCUAGCAGAUCCUUCGCUGCCCCCCAAUGUGUGUACUUCACUGAGAACAGUGAGCAACCUGCUUAAUACACAGUUAACCUUCCAGGCCAUCCACAAGCCACGGGUGAACCCUUUGGUAUCCUUCAGUGAGAACUACACCUGCUCUGACUCAGAGGAAUGUCCGGAGAAAGGAGAGAAACUGGCUAUUCCCAAGCGCUUACGGAGAAGUUUGCCUCCAGGACUGCUGAGACGAGUGUCCUCAACUUGGACAACAACAACAUCAGCCACAGGAUUACCUACACUGGAGCCAGCUCCAGUGAGAAGAGAUCGCAGUGGCAGCAUCAAACCUCAUGAAUCAUCUUCAUCCAGUACUGACUCCUGGAACAGCUCAAUUCUGAUGACAAUCACGAAGAGCAGGUCCUUCUCUACUUCAUACCCCAUGUCUUCUACCAACCACCUGAAUGCCAAAAGGCAGAGCAGGCAAGGUAUCCCACCAAAUAUUUCACCUCUCACCUCCCCAUGCCAUUCACCAAUUCAGGGAACACCUGCCACAAGUCCUACCGGAAAAACAUCUUCCGUGUCAUUUCCAGACUCUACAGAUGUUGAUACCAAGCAAGGCUUAAAGCCACACAAAGUCUUAACUUCUACUCAGAGUGCACCUGUGCUGUCAGACCCUAUUAUCAGCUCCUCUGUCAUCUGCAGCAGCUGUGGCAGACCCUAUAACCAAAUAGAAACUGGUGAUGGAACACCAGAUAGAAAUGAUGGUACCACACACACCCUGAACAGAACAGAUGAUCCUGCUCAAGCCACUUCUGACUAUGAGACCAACAACAGCGAUAGCAGCGAUAUCGUACAAAAUGACGAUGAGACAGAUUGCUCCAAGGAGCAGACACGGAAGGGAUCCGUCUGUAGGACCUACACACCAGAGACCAUCAUUCUACAUCCCUUAAUACCACCUGAGGACAAGCCUGUACUUGCUCCUGAGCCUCUGGUUAUGGACAACUUGGAUCCCCUGAUGGAGCAGCUAAAUAGCUGGAACUUCCCCAUCUUUGAUUUGGUGGAAAAAAUUGGAAAGAAAUGUGGUCGGAUUCUCAGUCAGGUAUCAUACAGGCUUUUUGAAGACAUGGGGCUGUUUGAAACCUUUAAAAUACCAGUGAGGGAAUUUAUGAACUACUUUCAUGCUUUGGAAUGUGGAUACCGAGAGAUACCGUAUCACAACCGAAUCCAUGCAACUGAUGUUCUACAUGCCGUUUGGUACCUUACUACUCAGCCCAUCCCAGGACUUCCAACUGUGAUUAAUGAUCACGGGUCAGCAAGUGAUUCAGAUUCUGACAGUGGAAUCACUCAUGGCCAUAUGGGUUAUGUGUUUUCGAAGACAUACACACCUACAGAUGACAGCUAUGGAUGCCUAGCCGGCAACAUUCCUGCCCUUGAAUUGAUGGCUCUUUAUGUAGCUGCAGCCAUGCAUGAUUAUGAUCAUCCAGGAAGGACCAAUGCCUUUUUGGUAGCAACAAGCGCUCCUCAGGCAGUGCUGUACAACGACCGCUCCGUCCUGGAGAACCACCACGCCGCUGCUGCCUGGAACCUUUUCAUGUCAAGGCCAGAGUACAACUUCCUGGUCAACCUCGACCAUGUGGAGUUCAAGCAUUUCCGCUUCCUCGUCAUUGAGGCAAUUUUGGCUACUGACCUGAAGAAACACUUUGAUUUUGUUGCCAAAUUCAAUGCCAAGGUGAAUGAUGAUGUUGGAAUUGACUGGACUAAUGAGAACGACCGCUUACUGGUUUGCCAAAUGUGCAUCAAACUGGCUGACAUAAAUGGGCCUGCAAAGUGCAAAGACUUGCACCUGCAGUGGACAGAAGGCAUCGUCAAUGAGUUUUACGAACAGGGUGAUGAAGAAGCUAGCCUGGGCUUGCCAAUCAGUCCUUUCAUGGAUCGCUCUGCUCCUCAGCUGGCACACCUCCAGGAAUCUUUCAUCACUCACAUUGUGGGACCACUAUGUAACUCCUAUGACUCAGCAGGGCUGAUGCCAGGGAAAUGGAUAGAAGAUAGUGAUGAAUCAGGAGACACUGAUGAGAAUGAAGAGGAAGAAACAGCAGAAAUGGAAACAUGUGAAAAUACUGAAUCCAGAAAGAAGAAGUUCAAGAGGAGGAAAAUCUACUGUCAGAUCACUCAGCACCUGCUUCAGAACCAUAAAAUGUGGAAGAAAGUAAUUGAGGAUGAAGAGAGAUUAGCUGGGACAGAGAAGCAAGGCACGGAGCAAUCCGUGCUGCACCAAUCCUCAGAACAAAUCCAGGCCAUCAGGGAAGAGGAGGAAGAGAAAGGGAAGCCCAAGAGGGAUGAAGAGGAGAACACAACUGUAGAACCAAACCAAUGACAAUAUUUACAGCAGUAUUUUAAGACAGAUUGACUCGUGCACAGACUCUUUCUCAAGCCAGCACAGCAUUUAGACACUACACUGUAGAAGUAUGGGAUAAUGCGCCUACAGCUGUUUUAUUUGUUUCUCUUUCCUUUUUAUGAUGAGGUACAUUGUUUAAACUCAUAUGCUCAAGGAAGCUUUCACACUGCGACACCGGCUUUUACAGACUUUCUUUAAAGAGAUUUGGGGGUGGGUGGAAUUAUAUAAAUAUAUAUAUAUAUAUAGGCAGGG